AUGAAGACUCCUCUCCUCUGCGUGGGGUUGCUACUCUUGACGGGUCACAUCCUUGUGGCCAGUGGGCAGCUGGAGCCAAAGAAACAAGUCCCCCAAGACCCUCUUCCUGUAACCCAGAGGCUUGGGCUUGUUGAGAGGGACGUGAAGGGUCCUGUGAGGCCCAACAUCACCAUGCCCCGUCGCCGGCUCCCUCCCAUGUGCACUGGACCCACGGAAAUCCGAGACACCUUCAAGUACAUCAACACGGUGGUGUCCUGCUUGGUGUUUGUUGUCGGUAUCAUCGGCAAUUCCACUCUUCUGAGGAUCAUCUAUAAGAAUAAGUGCAUGCGCAACGGGCCAAACAUCCUGAUCGCCAGCCUGGCUCUCGGGGACCUGCUGCAUAUCAUCAUUGGCAUUCCCAUUAAUGUUUACAAGCUCCUCGCAGAAGACUGGCCCUUCGGUGUGGCUCUGUGCAAGCUGGUGCCGUUUGUGCAGAAAGCUUCAGUUGGGAUCACAGUGCUGAGCCUGUGUGCUUUGAGUAUUGACAGGUAUCGUGCCGUGGCCUCCUGGAGCCGUAUCAAAGGCAUCGGCGUUCCAAAGUGGAUGGCUAUUGAGAUAGCUCUCAUCUGGAUAAUAUCCAUCAUCCUGGCUGUGCCAGAGGCAAUAGCUUUUGACAUGAUCACUAUGGACUACAAAGGAGAACACUUGAGGAUCUGCUUGCUUCACCCAAUGCAGCAAGCCGAGCUUAUGAAGUUUUAUAAAUCAGCAAAGGACUGGUGGCUGUUCAGUGCAUAUUUCUGUCUACCAUUGGCCUGCACGGCUAUUUUCUACACCCUGAUGACCUGUGAGAUGCUGAGGAAGAAGAAUGGCGUCCAGAUCGCUCUUAGUGAUCACCUCAAACAGCGGAGGGAGGUGGCUAAGACCGUCUUCUGCCUGGUUCUGGUCUUUGCUGUCUGCUGGCUGCCUCUGCACCUCAGCCGUAUCCUGAAGCUGACCAUCUAUGAUGAGAAAGACCCAAACCGCUGUGAACUUCUCAGUUUCUUUUUGGUCCUGGAUUACAUCGGCAUCAACAUGGCAUCUGUCAACUCCUGCAUCAACCCCAUCGCCCUCUACAUGGUCAGCAAGCGCUUCAAGAACUGCUUCAGGUCCAGCCUGUGCUGCUGGUGUCUACCGGCCGAGAUGUUAAUGGAUGAGAAACAGUCGUGCAUGAAGCUGAAAGUCACUGAUCGGGCUUCUGACCAGAGCAACUCUCGCAUGACCAACAAAUCUACCACAGCAUGA